CGGUGACGGACGUGUCAGCAGCUCCUGCGCUCCCCACCGCUUGUGAGUUUCCUGGAGUAGCCAGCGCUCUUGUUCUCCUGCUGUGACUUCUCUGAGGCCUGACACAUUGCUCUCUCAGGAGUGUGCUACAAGUGUAGGGCAAAUUGAUAGAACUGAAAUGUUCUGCGCUCCAAAAAUUUAUGAUAUGAAAACUUUCUUUGUGAAAAUAAAUGUAAAUCAAUGGCUUUCCAAAUUUGAGAGCAUCAGGAUGACUCACCGUGGUUUUGAUAAUCAUUGUGUUUGAGCCUAGAGAUGGUAUUGGACAAGGAGAGUGAUCAUGCCAGUCAGAUUUGUUACACUUGUGGUGGUGGUGAGCGUGGUGUGUGUGUGGGGCACAUUAAGUGGUGAUCUCCGUCUUGUAAACAAUGGAUACGAGGGCCUGCUGGUGACCAUCACUGACGAAGUCCCACAGCAGCACUGCAACCAUGUCGUGCAGGGACUCAAGGCUGUGCUGCGAGAACUGUCCAGACAAAUGUGGACAGCGACGGAAGGGCGGGCGUCGCUGCGGGAGGUGACUGUUGCUUUACCCCGCGCGUGGAGAACUGAUGCUCUCACCUGCUCCCUGCCAAAGUCCCUGCCGGUCUCCACGGCGCCUGCAGAGGGCCACAUCCGAGUGACUACUCCCCAUCCUGUAUUCGGCUCACGGCCGUGGACACAGCAGAGCCAGGGGUGUGGCCGCUCGGGGGACUUCAUCCACGUAGGUGAGGACAUGCUGAAGGCGGACAGCGCUGAGUCUCAUAUCCUCACCUCUCGUCUCCUGCUGGCGGAAUGGGCCAAGUUUCGAUGGGGAGUGUUUGAUGAGCGCGGCCACACCAACGACCCACUCUACCCGUCUACCUUCAGGGAUCCAGACACCAACCAGUGGGUGGCGACCGGCUGUGCUGACGGAUUCGUGAAGGGCACCACCUGUGACUCGUCCCAGUCAGGAUGCUCCUUUCUUCCAGAGCCUCAUGCCAACAAUCACCUUGCCUCAUCCCUCCUAGCCUUCCCAGAUUUUCCAAGCGUGCGGCAUUUAUGCAAAGAGAAUAACCACAAUAAGGAAGCUCCAACCAAACACAACUCUCUGUGCAGCAGUCGAUCGGCCUGGGAGGUUAUUGAGCACACGCCAGACUUCGCCUUGGGAAGAAAUAUACCUGCAAAUACUAGUGGCCAAGACCUGGAGCCUCUACUCAAAUUAGUACAAGCAGCGGGUCCCACUUAUGUCUUUGCUAUCGAGGACACGGCAGCCAUGAAUCUUCAGCGUCGCUGGGAGUUCCUGAGAAAGGCAAUGAGACGUGUGGUGGUGUACGACGUUCCUAACGGGGCUCACGUCGGUGUUAUUACCUUCAAUUCAGCUGGCCGCACUGUUGCGCCGCUCAGUUUCAUCGACAGCGAAGACUCAGAUAUGAGGCAGCGUGUUGGCUCCUCACUGCCACGGAAUCCAUCAGCUGUGCGUGAAAGCCAGAAGUGCAUUCUGUGUGGUCUACAACAGGUCCUCAAGGUGCUCAGGAAGAACAAAAAAUUUGGCAGAGAUGCCAUAGUGAUACUGAUUACUACAGGCUCUAGUCCCACUUCUGAGGAAGAUGUUGCCAAUAUGAUUUCAUUAACAGAGCAAAACAAUCUGCGCACUGAAGUCGUCCUAUACCCUGUGACAGAGCAUCGUAGCACUGCGCCUACCUACCACGGCCUGGAGGCGCUUGUGGAGGCCACCCGAGGGUCCAUCUUCACCGUCAUGGAUGAAGGUGUAGGCAACGACUCUAAGUUAAAGAUGAUGGUGGCGCUGAUGGAUGCUCUUCUGGCUGCGGUGCAGAGCAGCGUGCCGCCCUCAUCACCUGGCGGUCCUGUCCUGGUACACAGCGCUGACUAUCCGGGCGGCAUCGCCUCCAUAUCGGCAGGUACCUUCGCCCUCGAUGAUUCACUGGGACUUGACGCUCGAUUUUCAGUGUACUAUUAUGACCUGAACCACGUGGGCAACGCAAUCCGUCUGACUGCUCCAUCAGGCCACAUGAUCGCUUCCGUCAACGUACAGGAGGAGGAUGGCGAUGUGAACAUGAUCUUCAUCAAUUUGGGAAAAGAAGAGCGUGGUCGGUGGAAAUACAGCGUGGAGAACAGCGCUGACUCCCAUCAGGGUCUUUACGUGCAGGUGACGGCGCGGCGCAACACCUCAACAGGCCUUGCAGUUCGUCUGUGGACCAGCUCAGGAACACGCUUCCUGAACUAUUCAGACCCUACCUCUGCCGUGGUGGUAUUCAUGGAGGUUCGAGAAGGCGUGGCUCCUGUCAUGGACGCCCGGGUGGUUGCCACACUCCAGAGGCUGGGCACCAAUGAGACAGGCAGCAACUAUGAGCCAGUGCUCCUCAACCUGUGGGAUAACGGAGCAGGAGACCCAGACAUCACGCGUGGAGAUGGAGUGUAUUCCCGGUAUUUGCCUCGAUUAGCAGGAGGUCCGGGUCGUUACCUGCUGAGUGCCACGGUAGACCACAACGAAGGCCAAGCAGUGGUGGCACAGGGACCUCCAUCCAGACCUCGAGUACCUCUCCCACCUCACCACUUGCCUCACUAUUUCCACCAGCCUGAACUGGGCACUUGGGGCGACGCAGGAACAUGCUGUGGCUCCUCACUUUUCUACUUCCACUCCCGCACCGCACCACCUUUCCAGCGACACCUAACUUUUGGUGUUUUGGAGGUGUUGUCGUCACCCAACCAACGUGACCUGACUCCUCCUUCCCGUAUCCUUGAUCUGCGGGUGGAGGUCAACGACACUGUGCACGAGAUCUUUCUCCGUUGGACUGCACCGGGAGAUGACUGGGACGUGGGCAGCGCUCACCACUACCAGGCAGUGGUGGCGCCACAGUGGAAAGAGGCGAGGGCAUUCCAGGGAGACACGCUGACAGGCCUUCCUCGUCCCCUUCCUGCUGGCAAGCUCCACACUACCAACCUCCACUUUAUAAGAUAUGAGGAGCUGUGGUAUGUCAGCAUGCGGGCGGUGGACGCGGCCGGCAAUAAAGGUCCUCUAGGGAACAUCGCUGCGCUAUGGGUGCCCCGACCACCAACCACCUAUGAGAUUACUACCAGAACACAUCCAUCUUUAACCACCCUUGGUAACUACGCUAUGCCGUCUGAGCUGGGGUCAGGUCGGCCACUGGGCAUGACGGAACUGCGAGCUGAGGAUGUGGCAGUGAUCGUGGGCAGCCUGGUUGGUUUCUUGGUGGUGGCCACAACACUGGCCUCCUACUGCUACUACCAUACCUUUAGAAGGCGUAAGCAGUCAGGAAAGCAUGAAGAUGUAAAGACUGUAGUUCACGGCGAUAACGGCAGCAACAGUAGCGGCAACGCAGAUGUCAGUCUGGCAAUCAAGACAGAGUCUUCAGUAAAUGAAGGAGCUCGUGGCAGCCACGAGUCUAUUCACAGUUCAGCAAACGACAAUACUUCAAGGAAACCUCUGGACGUGGUCUCUCACUCCUCGGGCCAGUCCUGGGGAACAGCCAACUUACCGAGGGAGAACGGGGCUGACAUGCCAGGAGAACCGUUGGCAACCUUCUCAAGUCUUGAUGGUCGUCCACCCUUCCCAGAUGUGACUGUAACCGACUACCAAGCUUCCUCCGGCGGCGGUCAGACCUCUCUACACAUGCCCUACGUCCACGAGAAAGCAGCGGACCACUAUGAAGUGCCUAGCCUGGCCUACAGCAGCUACAACGCGGGUUGGGAAGAGCCCCUCACAAGCCACCUUCUCUCACAGGUGCACACUCCUGCUCCCACCCCAGCCCCUCAGCAGUUUUCCCUACCACAAGCCGACCGCAAACGCCGAAACGUGACACAGGUGUAAAUACCUUACCUCUCAUAUUCCGCUCGGACAGUGGUCAACAGAAUGGCAAUAUGCCACCAAACCCGUCAUGCAUUUCCGAUGUGUUUCUGUGUGAAGUAUUAUGUUGUAGGCUUGAAGAGUAACACUCACAAAUAAGUGUCAGCUUUUAGGCCGAUGCUGUUGAAAUACACACAUCAUACACAUCUUUGAAAUAAAAUAUUA